CUUUCUUCCGAUUUCCGGCACCUUGUACCAGCUCCUUGGUUGUUCCUCUCCCAAAAUUGCAUGUGUUCACAGGCCCCGCGGUUCCAUACCGGCGGGAGUGUUCUGAUUUAUACUGAUGGAUCUGGGGUUUCGGGGUGGUUUGGCUCCAAAUGGCUUGCCUACACAUGCGAAUCUGAUAACGCCCCCCAGCAGUUCCAGCGACCUUCGGGACAACCCUAGGAUUCCACGCCCACUCGCUGGCUUCGAUUUUCCCUCCGGAGAGAUGGAAAAGACCCCGCCUGUUACGGGGAAGCGGCGGGGGGGCUGUAGGAAGGCCUGUAAUGAGUGUAAACAGCAAAAGCUUCGAUGUGAUAUUGUACAAACCCCCGCGGACGCCUGUUCGCGGUGUCGACGGCUCCAAAUCGAAUGCAAGGUUGAACCUUCGUUCAAACGCAUCUCCAAGCGAAGGCGAAAUGCUGAGAUGGAAAGGGAGAUAGCAGAACUACGUCGACGGCUGGCUACUGAUGGAAACCGUCAUCAUGCCCACGUAGUCGAAGCUAAUGCAAGCGAUGAGAUGUCGCAGUGCUCUGAGGAUGUAUUUUGUGGCCCUGAUUCUGCCGCGUCCACUCGAGGAAGACCCUUGUCUGCUCCUCUAGAGCCUCACGCGUUAGCGACUCCUUUGACUACGCACAGAGACGGGUCUAUCCUGUCUCAGGAGGACAGCACCUGGAGACUGGAAGAUGUCUCACUCUCCAAACCCCGGGUCGCGCGGCUAUUUGACCAGUUUUUCAAAUUCUAUCAUCCUUUUCUUCCCCUCUUAAACCCUCAGAAGCCGCCUGAGGAGUAUCUUCGUCGGUGUCCCUUACAGGCAUGGACUAUCAUCUGCGUUGCUAGCCGACGAGCACCGUCAGAGCCAGGCCUCCUGAGCGCACUGUCGGGGCCGUUCAACCGGUUGCUAUGGUCCACCAUCACCGGUGUGCCGCAGGAUUACCGGGUUGUCAAGGCUCUAUGCCUUCUCUGCACGUGGCCGCUCCCGACCACCAGCCAAAGGACAGACGCUACUUUUAUGCUCUGUGGUUUGAUGAUGCAGAUUUCUAUGCAGCUGGGACUACACCGCCCGGUUCAAGCGGAGGAGUUUACAACCUUCCAAAUGGAAGGGCAAGGUGAGGCUGUGAAAGACCGGCUACAAACAUGGGUGAUAUGUAACAUAGUAGCACAAGACGUUGCCACCGGAUACGGACAACCCCCAGGAACAAUCUAUGAUUGGGCACUCGAGCCUGCGUCCCUUCGAGACGCCGAUUACCAUCCCUCAGAAGACCUCCGGAUUCGCCUACGGAUCGAAAAAUUCUGUGAUCGAGUCACCAAAGCUCUCUAUAGCAGCAGGCCGGACCCUGCAGAGUUCAUUAGCUCUGAAAAGCUUUUAAUCGUGCAGCUUUUGGAGAAUGAACUCAGAGAGAUGGAGGUGGACUUUGGUCGAAAUAUUUCUCACAUCAACAUGAUCCACUUGCGAGCCGCAGAACUCCACUUGCGUUACUUUGUAUUCUUAGGCUCCAACGCACGUAGCGACGACUUGACAAAGCUUUUCAUUGCCACGACGUCAUUCCUCGGCCGGGUUCUAGAUCUGGAAACGUCACCUGGGGAGCUGAUCGGGCAUGCUACGAACUAUAUUCUUCAAAUGAUAGUGUCGGCCGCGUUUGCUCUCAUGAAGCUCCUCAAGAGCAAUUUCAGACGGCACAUCGACUUUGAACACGGGAAGCUGCUGUUCAACGGCGCGAUCUCCGCCCUGCGGCGGAUCAGCGUGAUGGACCACGAUCGACCCGUUCGACUUGCAGAUAUUUUGGCGCAGAUGUGGAAUGCGGGAGCUCCCGAAGAAUCUGCUGGAGAGGAUAGCCUGCAACUUAAGGUGCGAUGCCGCAUGAGCAUGAGCCACGUUUAUGAUACUGUUUGGCGCUGGCGACAUCGGUUCCGUCCGAUGAAGAGUACCGAUGACACUCAAGUCGCAGCUAUAGCCAAUCCCAAUAUAUCAACCGCCGUGCCCCGCCAGCCGGACGAGUCCCUUGAUGACACUGGGCUGAUGUAUGCAGCCAAUUUUGACGGAGGAGCGUUCUUCAAUGAAGCGGGAUUUUCCGAAGUCUUUGAUUCCCUCAAUUGGGUCUUUGAUGGGAUACCCGAUACUUUUGUGGCGCCCCGAGUUAUGUGAUUAGGCGAGAAGAAGAAGAAGAAGAAAAGUGUGCUGGUUCUUGAAUUGCUAGGCUGUUCUGUACAUAUUCUUGGAGAUACCAUACAUAGAAAGGCGGACGGACAAGAGAGAUAUAUUACGAGACUAGACAACACUCGUAUGAUUCGUUGGGGGAAAGUUGAGCUGAAUAUAAGAAAUUGGAGAAGGUUGAUUAGAAAGAGAGAGACCCCUGAAUGUUAAAUAACCGCGGUUCCUUGGAUCAGGGAUUAAUACGGUUACUUGUUCCGUAUUAUUUAUUU